CUGGCGCCGCUUCCCCUCAGCCUUUGCUCAUUUCGAUCGGCUGCCUCCCCCCGCCGCCUUCCCCCGUUCUCUCUGCCCGCUUUUGCGCCUUCCCUUCGCCCCGAUGGCUGCAAACUGAUCCAUCAGAGGCACGGAGGGAGGGGAGAAAUACCGCUAGCUGCUUCCGAAAAGAAGAGGAGGAAGGAAGGAGGGCGACGGGAGAAGGAGACCGAGGGAGGAAGAAGGCAGGCAGGGAUAACCCCCCGGAUCUUGCUUUUCCUCCGCACCGCGGCCGGGCUUUGGGUUGGGGUCUCUCUCCCGCUCUGCGCUUUGCAUGCCUGCCACCCGGCUCCAGGAAAGGGAUUUUCUGUCCGAGCAUGAAAAGGACUGCUAGAGCCCCCCCAGGCUUCUGCUUCCUACGCCUGCAGCAUCAGCAAAGCGCCCGCGAUGCACGCUGGAUCCAGAGGGGCUCGCACAAGUUCCCAACGAGUCGAGUGAGGAGCGCCGGCCCGCGCACCCCCGCCACGGACGAGCAGUAAGAUCCGGACUCCACAGAAUGGAGCAAGAAUGAGAGGAAAAAGGCAGACAGAAAAGCAUGAACUGGAGGCCUAUUGAGUUCCUCUACCUCCUCUUUAUAUGGGACCAUAUAACAGUACAGCCCUCCCACCAGGACCCAACCGUGACCAACCAACAUGUCUCCAAGGAAUUUGAUUGGCUUAUUUCAGACAGAGGGCCUUUCCACCACUCGCGGAGCUACUUAUCCUUUGUGGAAAGACAUCGUCAAGGAUUUACAACCCGAUAUAAAAUAUACAGGGAGUUUGCCCGUUGGAAGGUGAGGAAUACAGCCAUCGAGCGGAGGGACCUGAUCCGCAACCCUGUCCCCCUGAUGCCCGAGUUCCAGAGGAGCAUCCGCCUCUUGGGCAGGAGGCCGACCACCCAGCAGUUCAUUGACACCAUCAUCAAAAAGUACGGCACACACAUACUCAUCUCUGCCACCUUGGGAGGAGAGGAGGCUUUGACCAUGUACAUGGACAAAAGCCGACUUGACCGAAAGUCUGGCAAUGCCACCCAGAGCGUCGAGUCGCUUCACCAGCUCGCCUCGUCCUACUUUGUGGACCGGGAUGGAACCAUGCGGCGCCUCCACGAGAUCCAAAUCUCCACCGGAGCAAUCAAGGUAACAGAAACGCGGACAGGCCCUUUGGGCUGUAACAGUUAUGACAAUCUGGACUCUGUGAGUUCCGUCCUGCUGCAAAGCACUGAAAGCAAACUCCAUCUGCAAGGUCUCCAGGUCAUUUUCCCUCAAUAUUUACAAGAGAAAUUUGUCCAGUCAGCAUUGAGCUACAUCAUGUGCAAUGGAGAAGGAGAAUAUGUCUGCCGAGACAGCCAAUGCGGCUGCCAGUGUGCAGAAGAGUUCCCACAAUGCAACUGUCCCAUCACUGACAUCCAGAUCAUGGAAUAUACACUGGCCAACAUGGGGAAGUCAUGGAUGGAGGCCUACAAAGAUCUCGAAAAUUCAGAUGAAUUUAAAUCCUUCAUGAAGAGGCUACCUAACAACCAUUUCCUCACCAUCGGGAGCAUCCACCAGCACUGGGGUAACGACUGGGACCUUCAGAACCGCUACAAACUUCUGCAGAGCUCAAUGGAGGUCCAGCGCCAGAAGAUCCAGCGCACUGCCCGCAAGCUCUUUGGCCUCAGUGUCCGCUGUCGGCACAAUCCUAACCACCAGCUGCCUAGAGAAAGGACGAUACAGCAGUGGCUGUCCCGGGUCCAGUCUCUCCUCUACUGCAACGAGAACGGCUUCUGGGGGACCUUCCUAGAAAGCCAGCGGAGCUGUGUCUGCCACGGGAGCACCAGCCUGUGCCAGCGCCCCAUCCCCUGCAUCAUUGGCGGCAACAACAGCUGCGCCAUGUGCAGCCUGGCCAACAUCUCCCUCUGUGGCUCCUGCAACAAGGGCUACCGCCUCUCUCGGGGCCGCUGCGAGCCGCAGAACGUCGACUCGGAGCGCAGCGAGCAGUUCAUCAGCUUCGAGACGGACUUGGACUUCCAGGACCUGGAGCUGAAGUACCUCCUGCAGAAGAUGGACUCGCGCCUCUACGUCCACACCACCUUCAUCAGCAACGAGAUCCGCCUGGACACCUACUUCGACCCCCGGUGGCGCAAGCGCAUGUCCCUCACCUUGAAGAGCAACAAGAACCGGAUGGACUUCAUCCACAUGGUCAUCGGCAUCUCCAUGCGCAUCUGCCAGAUGCGCAACAGCAGCCUCGACCCCAUGUUCUUCGUCUACGUCAACCCCUUCAGCGGCAGCCACUCCGAGGGCUGGAACAUGCCCUUCGGGGAGUUCGGCUACCCGCGCUGGGAGAAAAUCCGCCUGCAGAACAGCCAGUGCUACAACUGGACCCUGCUGCUGGGGAACCGGUGGAAAACCUUUUUCGAAACCGUCCACAUCUACCUGCGCAGCCGGACUCGGCUGCCUUCCCUGAUGCGCAACGAGACCGGAAUGGGGCCGGUGGACCUUUCCGACCCCAACAAGCGCCAGUUUUACAUCAAGAUCUCGGACAUCCAGGUGUUUGGGUACAGCCUGCGCUUCAAUGCCGACCUCUUGCGCAGUGCCGUCCAGCAAGUCAACCAGUCGUACACCCAAGGUGGACAGUUCUACUCCUCGUCCUCCGUCAUGCUCUUGCUGUUGGAUAUACGGGACCGAAUCAACAGACUUGCGCCUCCCGUCGCACCGGGAAAGCCCCAGCUGGAUCUGUUCUCUUGUAUGCUGAAGCACCGCCUGAAAUUGACAAACAGCGAGAUCAUCCGUGUGAAUCACGCACUGGAUCUAUACAACACCGAAAUUCUCAAACAGUCUGACCAGAUGACGGCCAAACUCUGCUAACCCCAACUUUUACGUACUCAUGUACCCGACUCACCUUUUUGCUGUAAAAACAAACAAACAAACCGACCUUUAAAAAAAGGAGAGAGAGAGAAGAUAAAAGAAAGAUUUAAGAAGAAGAAAAUAUGAAAAUUUGUAAAAUGUAAUUAAUAUACAAAAGAGGGGGGGAAGAGAGGAAAGUCUCCAUGCGUUCCAAAGUGAAAAGAAAACCGUUUGAGCAGCUGUGUGAAACUGUUAGUUCUGUUAUGUUAUAAAGGGUCAAAACAUGGGAGGAUAUCAAGACAGUAAAGAUGGGUGGAAAGCUAAGAUAUAUGCAGAAACGGUUUUUGAGAUGUCCUGUAUUUAAUUGUAAAGAUGUCCACUAUGCAGGUGCCAAAAAAAGAAGAAGAAGGAAUAGAGAGAGAAAGAAAAAUUUCUGUGUAAAUGUAUAAAGCGUUGCCAUUUCUCCUAGUGGGAGUUAAUGGCCAAAGAUAAAAGAUAUUUCUUUUGUGAA